GGCCUGUAGAACUUCCCAGUCACACAUGCUCUCACGCUGUACCAUUCGCCCUGAAGACUGACAAUUAUCAGAAGCAAAGUGGGGCAAGAAGAGGCAGAAAAGAAGGGCACAGCGAUUCUGAGCCAUGUUGGCGGAAGGUUUUCUCAGAUUGCUGCGUUACAGGGAGGAGAGAAAGCUAGCCUCUGCUUCCAAGCUGAAGAGGUCGCAGACACGCACUCAUUGUAUGGAUCCGAUCAACUGUAUUCCCUCUGACUCUGACUCUGACUCUUCAGAGCGACAGACAGACUCAGCUGAAGCGGGUCCAAACCAGGAAGAACUGGACCCUACCCAAUUCGAGGGACUGAAAGUGAUGCCUCAUGGUUCUGCAGGCCUCUCAAUCCCUGGGGUCACACCUGUCCUCACCUUGGACUCUGACUAUGCAGGUUGCUUAGACGACUGCAGCCUCCUGGAGCAGUAUCCAGACCUGCAGGUGGCCGACUCAGGCCGCAUCUCACACAACCCACUGAGAGCCAUCAUCGCCCAGCAUGGUUUGGUCUCUGAAGCUGCCCGUCAGCCAGAGUGGGCAGCCCAACAGGAGCCGCAAGGCAAGACUGUUUCAUCGAUACCAGACCAGGGUUAUCUGGUCAUGGGGCCCAGUUUGAGCAUCAGCUUGGAUCUGCCUGGAUCAGUGUUGGAGCCUAUGUCUAACUCGGUGCUGAAUGGGCUGCUGGACAAACAGCUGGAGGAGGUAUACAUGCAACAUCUGACUGACAACUUGGCUCGAUGUAACUCCCACCUGGGGAACAGCCUCCUCCACGGCCUGGUGCCUCCGCCGAAGCCCAGCAGCCAGCUGCAGGGGCUUGACUCGCUGGAGGCCAGCCUGGAGGAGGGAACAAGAGGUGACAGUGGCAAGAAGAUUAGUUAUCUGAACACCCAGAACUUGGUCCCCUGCUCAUCCAACUUCAGCUCCCCUGUGCUGAGGAUUUCAGACGCUGACAAUACUCAUCUGCAAUGAACUCAAUCAUGCAUGCACCCUGCAAAAGUAUUACAUGUGAUGCUCAACUAGUCUUUUUUGCUCCUGCACUUCUCCACCUCCAGGUUUAAAUAUAGCCACAUGCAAGUGAUAUGUGAACGCAGGUGUUAUUCUGUAAAUCUGUGCAUGCUUUUAUUUGUGUUCACCUAUAUUUACAUAAUGUCUUUGUUUACUUCCUUGAUGAAGUGAUGCCUCAGAUUUACCUGCUCUCAUGUGCCACCUGCUGUUAGACUUUAGGACUGCACCAUCUUGACUUCACAUGAAAUACUGUACAUACAAAUGUAUUUUAUUGACUUUGCUGGUAGGUGUAAUAUUUGGCCUUAUGAUUUGUGUUUGGCAAGAGAAGAAAUUAUAAUAUUCAACACUGUGCAUGAUUUCUCUAAUGUUUAGAGAAAUACAUGAAACAUAUUGAAUGAUAAAGUGGACUGACAGCAUCAUAUGUAUGGCUACUUUAAUAUGAGGUAAUUGCAGCCAUUAUAGUUACUAUGUAUGACAAUUACUGACUUGAAAUGAAUCCUUAGAGGGCUUGAAGUGGAUACUUCUUUCUAUUUUAUGUCCCAAAAUCAGUCAGAAGUAAAACAACAUAACUACAUUAGGUUUUUGUUGAGACAGAGUGUAAUUUUAGGGUUUUCUUGGGAUGUAGUUUUGUUGUGCUUUAUGGUAUUUCUGUCAGUGUUAUAUCAGGGUGAUGUGUAGUUGUAGUUGUUUUUGAAAACAUAAUAACCACAAAAUUGGACUUUCAAAAUUACACACAGUUUGUAACAUUAUGGUGUGCAGAAAGCAAAGGCAAAAGAACUUUAUCACUCAAUAUUCUGUGUGAUUAUAUACUCUGUCUGGAAUGUAAUGACAGAAGGCUGUCCUGUGGCCCAUCGGAUAAACAGCUUUUGGUUGUUAAAUUAACUAUAGAGAUCAAAGACGACCCUCUGACAAACAGAAGAGUCACUGUCAGGAUACAGCAGAAAUUACUGAUGAAGCUUGAGUACAAAGCAAUAACUUUGAUGAAAUGAAACAAAGUCAGUCUUGAUUUUCUGAUUUCCUAAUUAGGAUGACAGUUGACCAUGUGUGUCCAUAGAUACUGACUUUACUGUAUAGCCAGGACAGCACCAGGUCAUUCUGUUUCACUGUGUUUUUUCCUUUAAUGUGAGGAAAUACGAUGAAGCCUCCCAUGACGAUCUGUCAGACUGAAACCUGUGAAGGAUGGGACCUGUCCGAGGGUCCAAAGCAUCUACAUCACUGCAACACUGCAAGUAGAUUACAAUGAUGAAUAAAAGUGGACAGUUCCUAAUAAACAUCCAAGGAUGCAUGAUCAAGGUACUUUAAUGAGGAGCCAUGCAUCACAACCUGGCAGGCUCCACCACGCUGACUCUUUGGCUGGAUAUGGAGUCAUCACAGUGAGGCCCAGCGUGAACUGACAAAGCAAUAGCCUGAAAGAUUUACGCUGCAUUUGACUGCUUCAGGUUGAUUUGUAACCUGUGAAGGACAAAUCCUCGCAGCUGCACCCACAGUGAAGACUAUGGUGCUCCAUUAACGUGCACUAACACACUGGGCUUUUUGGAAGCAUGCACUGCUUCAGUGAU